AUGGGCGACAUCCUCACCCAAAUCCAAGACGAGCUGGACAUGCUCCUCAACCAAAUGCAAGCCUCCUUCGCGUACAUCCGCAACCGCGCCCCGCCCACCCCCAUCCCGAACCAACCCACCCUCUCCUCCAUGCAAGAAUUCGAAGCCCAAAACGCCGCCGCCCUGAACCCGUCCGCCGCGCCCCCAGCCCCCCCGCCCCCGCCCCCGCGCGAAGAAUUCCUCAAGGACAUCGCCGAGCUGAGCCGCGACAUGGUGCUCAAAGAGCAACAAUUGGAAGUGCUUGUUGCGAGCUUGCCGGGGCUGGAUAAGAGCGAGGCGGAGCAGGUGGCGCGGAUGAAGGAGUUGGAGAGGGAGCUGGAGGGGCUGGAGGGGGAGAGGCUGAGGGCGGUCGAGGAAAAGGAGGCGUUGCUGAGGAGGGUGGAGGGGAAGAUUGUGAAGGCGGGGAAGAUGGGGUCGUGA